AGGGCUUCGGGCCAGCCCAAGCCCGACUUUGCUGACCCUUGGGCCUAACCCUUGGGCCUACCCGGCUUGACCGUAUGCCCAGCCUUGCUGCCACUACUUAGCAUCGUAGAAAAUUAAAGGAAAUAGAUAAAUGAUUAGGAAAUUGAGUUAAGAAAUUUAAGGAAUUGAUCAAAAUAUUAUGAAAUAAAAAGGGCAUUUGCCGAAAUUGACAAAGAUGCCUAUCUAGGUCAACACCAGACAUUAAGAAAAUAUUAUCCAAUAUAAAAGGGCGUACCCAAGCAUUGUUUUUAGGACGUUGCCCGAACAUCGAGCGCGCCUUCCUUUUCGCUGGCAUGUUAACUGUCGAUUUCAAGAUGGUCGGUUCUUCGUGCCCCUAAGUAUCAAAGUUGCCCCUGUGAAGGCUUCUACGGAUGGGAGAAUAACGUCACAGAUUUUCCAUUUUAGAAGUUUACUAUGUGAAAAGAGAAACAGCAUUUUGAACGACUUCAGUUUGAGGAAAGCAUUUCUUCCGCCCUCUCACUUGGAAGGGGAUCGAGCGUUGAGAUGAGCUCUCAUUGACAUGUUAGCUGUUCAUUUUUCCAAGUGCUCCCCUAUUUUUCUUGGCAGAAGUUUUGGGAAGAACAUAGCUGGCCAUUUUACCAUGGUCUCACUGCUUCCAUAUAAAUCUGGUCCUUUGUAUUUUUGUUAUGAUAAAUUACGACAGAGAAAUGAAGCUUUGAAACUCAGUGGAGUAUCGUAUGGACCAUCAAUUGCUGCUCAAGCAAUUAUAGGCUCAUAUUUCCAAGGCUGUAUUUCUUCCGUUACUUCUCGAGGACACUUGACUCCGUUAAUGGGGACACUUUCAGCUAGUUCUGCUGUACUAAAACAUUUGGGUAUUGCAUCAAGAAGUAACUAUGUGGCUUCAGGGUUGUAUGCAGCUGCUCGGUUGAAUGAAAAGGCUUCAAAAAUUGGUUGGGGUCUGAGAUGUGCAAGUUGGGUGCGAGGAGGGGUUUCAGCUGGGCUGAUUUUUGGAAUUUGUCUUUGUCUAGCAAAUCUUAAAGUGGCACAUGCUGAAGCUGUCAGGAUGAAGAACAGUAUGGGUGUUCAGCGAGAUGUUACCAUUAGUUCAUCACAUGGGAAAACAGUGUACACAGAUUACUCUGUGACUGGCAUUCCAGGCGAUGGAAGAUGUCUUUUCCGAUCUGUUGCUCAUGGUGCCUGCUUAGUUUCUGGAAAAUUGCCUCCAAACGAGAACUUACAGCAAGAACUUGCUGAUGAACUCCGAGCAAGAGUUGCAGAUGAAUUUAUCAAGAGACGGGAUGAAACAGAAUGGUUUAUAGAAGGAGAUUUUGAUUCUUAUGUUUCACAGAUCAGAAACCCACAUGUGUGGGGCGGGGAGCCAGAGUUGCUGAUGGCCUCGCAUGUCUUAGAGAUACCGAUAACAGUAUACAUGUAUGAUGAUGAUGCUCAUGGAUUGAUUUCAAUCGCAGAAUACGGCAAAGAGUAUGGCAAGGAACCAAUUCAGGUUCUUUAUCAUGGUUAUGGCCACUAUGAUUCCGUGCUAAUUCAUCCGAAGAGUGGAAGAGCAAGGUUGUAGGACAAACUAUUAGGAUCCUCAAUGUAAAAUGUACAUGCUCCAUAUGCAAGCUUCCCUGCAUGACCUCGAGCAUUUCAGUUCAGGCUUUUAGAUGAACAUAUGCAUAUGUUUGUACUGUAUAGUGUAUACUAUCUAAGAUUGUAUAUUCAUAUUCUACA